UCCACCAUGGCCUAUCGCCCGCAUCAGCACGCGCCGGACGAUCUUGUCCUGCUGUCCGACAUCACCGAAGAUGCCGUCAUGUCUGCCCUCAAAGCGCACUACGACCACGACGAGAUCUACACUUACAUUGGCGAAGUGCUCAUUUCAGUGAACCCAUUCAAGCAGAUCAAGCCAUUGUACCUGCCGACGACGCUGCAGCGCUACCGCGGCCGGCUGCUCUACGAGAACGCGCCGCAUGUCUAUGCGCUCGCAGACAUUUCCGUGCGCAACAUGGUCGCCGACCGUGAGAAUCAUUGCGUGAUUAUCAGUGGCGAGUCUGGCGCAGGCAAGACCGAGGCUUCCAAGAAGAUCAUGGAGUACAUUGCUGCAGUCAGUUCCAAGGCAGCAGACGUCGAGAAGGUCAAGCAGCAGAUUCUCGAGUCCAACCCGUUGCUCGAGGCCUUUGGCAACGCAAAGACCGUUCGCAACAACAACUCGAGUCGCUUUGGCAAAUAUUUUGAGAUCCAGUUCAGCUACGGUGGAGACCCCGUCGGUGGAAAGAUCACGCAAUAUUUGCUCGAAAAGUCCCGCAUCGUGAGUCGCCAAGACACCGAGCGGUCCUUCCACAUUUUCUACCAGCUGCUUGCCGGCUCGAGUGCACAAGAGCAAAAGGAACUCCAGCUGUAUGGUCCCGAGCAUUAUGCGUACCUGAGCCAGAGCAACGUCUAUCGCGCCGAUGGAAUUGAUGACCGAGCGGAUUUCGCUGAAACCAAGACUGCCAUGACUGUCUGCGGCAUUUCGUCGGCCGAGCAGAAGGACAUUAUGCAUCUGCUUGCGGGCAUUCUGCACCUGGGCAACAUGAGCUUCGCAUCCGAGGAGGCCAAGGGUCAGGACGACAAGGCGGUUGUUGACAGCAAGGAAAUCCUUGCCAUUGCCGCUCAAAUGCUUGGCGUGACGGGCGACAAGCUCGCUCAUGCGCUCACUCACCGCUCAAUCAAGGGCGGCUCGACCGAGGUCAUCAAAUCCACGCUCGGCAAGGAGCAAGCGCUGUACUCGCGCGACUCGCUCGCCAAGGCUGUUUACUCGCGUCUCUUCCAGUGGAUUGUCGAGCGCAUCAACACGACCAUGCACACCGAGAAGCCGGCGUUCGUCAUUGGCGUUCUGGACAUUUACGGCUUUGAGAUCUUCCAAACCAACGGCUUUGAGCAGCUCUGCAUCAACUUUGUCAACGAGAAGCUUCAGCAGAUUUUCAUCGAGCUGACCUUGAAGAAGGAGCAGGAAGAGUACGUCAAGGAGGGCAUUGCAUGGACCCGUAUUGACUACUACGACAAUCGUCCAUGCUGCGAACUCAUCGAGCGCAACGGCGGCAUUCUGUCCUUGUUGGAUGAAGAGUGCUUGUUCCCGAAGGGUACGGACGAGUCCUUCCACACCAAGCUCUUCAAGCAAGUCACGGACACGACGCACCUCACCAAGGGCGCGGGCUCCAUCUUUGUGAUUAAGCAUUUCGCGGGUGUGGUCGAGUACGACACCAAGGGCUUCUUGGACAAGAACAAGGACACCCUCUUCAGCGACCUCGUCGAGCUCAUGAUGGCCAGCUCGCUCAAGCUCGGCAAGGAGAUUUUCGCUGCGGACGCGGAGCGCAUGAAGGAUUCCAAAAAGCGCCCCGUGACUGCUGGUACCCAGUUCAAGACGCAAGUUGCUGCGCUCAUGGAUGCCCUGCGUGCCUGUGUGCCGCACUACAUUCGCUGCAUCAAGCCCAACGAGCGCAAGGUCGGCGGUUACUUUGACGACGAGAUGGUCCGCAACCAGGUUCGCUACCUCGGUCUUGUCGAGAACGUUCGUGUUCGUCGUGCUGGUUUUGCAUUCCGCAUGGUGUAUGGCCACUUUUUGCACCGCUACAAGAUGCUGACGGAGGAAACAUGGCCCAAGUGGUCGGGCGACGAAAAAUCGGGCUGCGAAAAGAUUCUGCAGCACCUCAAGAUUGCCAAGGACGAGUACCAGUUCGGCAAGACCAAGAUUUUCAUCAAGUCUCCCCAAACCGUCUUCAAGCUGGAGGAAAUGCGCGAGGCCAAGCUUGUGGCCAUUGUCAGCAAAAUCCAGCGCUUCUACCGCGCCUUUGUCGCGCGCAAGUGGUACCUGCUCAUCCGCGCCAGCAUGCAGGACAUUUUCUCUGGGCAAAAGGAGCGUCGCAAGUUUUCCAUCAACCGCAAGUACUACGGAGACUAUGGCAACUUCAAGCACGCGCCUUUCGUUGUUGACACGAUGCACAAGAACGACGACUCGAAGAUUCUGUUUGCCGACAACUGCAACAAGAUCAACAAGCGCUACAAGUCGCAGCGUCGCUCCAUUGUUGUCACCGACAAGGCCAUUUACAACCUGUCUCUCAAGACCCCGGCCAAGGGCAAGAUUGCCCGUCGCAUUCCGCAUGAGAUGGUGACUGGCGUCAGUCUCAGCGAGCUGAGUGAUAACUUUAUCAUUAUCCACGCAACCGAUUACGACUACUUGCUUGAAAACAACCGCAAGAGCGAGCUCGUGGUGUGUUUGAAGGAGCACUACCGAAAGACCAACAAGGAUUUGGCAGUGAAGUUCUCCAACAACAUCACGUACAAGGCCAAAGAAAAGGACGUCCGCACCAUCACGUUCACCAAGGUGGAAGGCACUCCUCGUGCUAUUUUUGCUGGCAAGGGCAAGACUUCGACGGUGACUGUUGGCUCGGAUCUUCCCAAGGAUGCUCAACCCAAGAGCACUUACGUGCCCGUGGAGAAGCGCAGCGGAUACCGUGGCCCGGCUGGCGGCGCUGCCAGCAGCUCAUCGGGAUAUGGGCAGGCUGGCACUCCUUCUUGGGCCAAAAAAUGAACGAACGAUGAAUCGUGUUUUUGAUCGCUUUUUGUUUUGUCUUGCUUUGUUGGAACGUCUUUGUUUUGUUUGCGAAUGUGGCACCGGUUGACGUUUUUUCGUGUUCUGCCCCAACAACGCGUUUUGUUUUUGUUUUGUAUUGGGCUAUAACAGAAUAUACAAUCAGUUUUGA